CCUGUCAAUGCUGCCCUGAGUAGCUGAGCGACAACAACUCUGCUCUCUUCACACCUCACCAAAGCGUCUAUCCCCACUUUCCACGCCGGUUGAACCUGCGCGGGAUGCUCGCGCCAGGUACAGGCAGAGACGCAGGCACCCUUUCACUCAAUUGAUCAUUCACCCUCACCUUGCCGGUAGCUCCUGACAGCUAUCACCUCACCGCCCGUCAUGGUUAAAGGAGAGAUCCUCACGCUCGGUGCUGCCGCCGGCGCCCUUGGAGGUGCCUACAAGCUCGCCGAGUUCCUCACCAAGGCCAAGCGUGUCCGCGACGUCGGCCCAUCCAACGCCGUCUACGUGCGCAUCAUUGGCCGCGUCCGAUCCGACCUUGAUGAAGUGCGACGUCUUCUGUCCAUCCGCGAGAUCCACGACAUCCUCGAGGCCAACCCGGAAAAGUCAAAGUGGGUCUAUGGAUGCAUGCGCGACGUGCGCGGCGCCCUUGAGAACAUCACGCCGCACACGGAACGCGUCGCUGGCGAUGUCGAGGACGGCCGCCGCAUCGGCAUGCGGCACCGCGUCUACUGGCUGCUCAGCGAGAAGGAGAAGCUGGAGAACCGGGAGAAGGAGCUCGCCAUCGCGCAUUCCAGUCUCAGCGAGGUCAUCGGCUACCUGACUGCUCUGGAGCCUGUCGAGGAGCCCAAGAAGCCCAAGUCGACCACCAAGGAGACGCACAUUGACAUCGACAUCCAUCAGGAGCCUCCCCAGCCUCAGGCCCAGCCCACCCACACGACGCACAUCGAGAGGGAUGUCUGGGUCGAGCGUGAUGGCGCGCCGCCGCGACACGUAGAAGAGCACCGCGAUGUUUGGGUUGAGCGCGACCGUCAGCCCCCAGCUCACUACGAGGAGCGUCGCGACGUGUACAUUGACGAGCACCAGCGUGGACCCCAGCACUUUGACGAUCGCGGCCCUGCUCCCCGUUACGACGCCCACUUCGAGCAACAAGGUCGUGACGGCCGCUACGAGACCCACUACGACGAGCGCUACCAGCAGGAAGACCACUACCGCUCUCAGUACCCCAUCGAGACGCAAGGCAACUACAACCCGCGCUUCCCCGAGCCCCUCGGACGCCGCCCUGAAUCUUACGAGGACCGCCUCCCAGAGCGCGACUCCUGGAUGCAGAGCAAUGCGCGCGCCCAACGCCCAGGUCAGUACGGCCCUCGAGCCCCUGCGUAUGCCGAAUACGGCGCCCCGCAACCCAUUGGUGCAGCGCACUAUUCGCGUAGGUUCCAAGGAGACGCGGGCUUUGGCGACGAAGAAAUACUAAAUCCACAACCAGUGCCGUUGGACAGGAACUACGCCGACCGCGAGAUGUGGAUUGAACAAAAGGAGGACUACCGCUUCGAUCAGUAUGGAAACAGGCUGCCGGAUAGGCUCUUCCAGCCGGCUGUCCCCAGGCCCUAUCGCAGCCGCAUGUAAACAACUUGCAAUACCUCUUUUGAUUACGAUCUUAAUCUCCUUGUUACCCUGUCAUGAGCCCUUUUUGUCCUUUUGCUUUACGCAAGCAUGUACACACCCCUGCGAAGCCCCGAGCCCGAUCAAUGUUUCUAUGUAGCUGCCAAUUCAAGUUGAUACCUUUCCGA